AUUGUACCACGGGCAGCCCAGGGCGAUACUCUGCUGUCAGAAGUUUGAAGUCACUACCAGCGAAAGUGACGAGAGACUGAACCGUGCCAAGCGUGUCCCCAGCCAAUAAUUGAGAGGACCUGAAAAAGUGGAAAGUGACAAAAGUGAAAUAACAGAUGAACAAUCAGACUCAAAACGAAAAGAUGGUUGCGCAAUGUGUAAUAUAAUUUAAUUUGAAGCAAAUUGUGGUUUGUGGUGUGAUUGAAAAGUUCUAGUAGUAAAAAUGGCGUGUUGUGAUUGCUGUAUUGGGGUCUCACCGAUUCGACCUCCGAUAAGUCUGCAUGACCAGUCGGAGGCUCUUAAAGGUCCUGAAAUGGUACGAGUAUCAAAAUUCUACAAAGAAGCGAAAAAUGGCCGUUAUCUACGUUUUCUCCACGAAGACACACGCACUCUAUAUGAAACAUUUCGUCGUGGAGUGAAAGAAUCAAAUAAUGGAAAUUGCUUGGGUUGGCGUGAGGGACCAAAUAAGCCCUAUGUGUGGCAAACGUAUAAUGAGACAUUACUUAGAGCGAAGAACUUUGGUUCCGGCCUUAUCUGCCAAGGAUUAGCGCCAGGUCAAAACACAUUUGUGGGUAUAUAUUCACAAAAUUGUCCUGAGUGGGUCAUGACUGAACAAGCUGCAUACUGUUAUUCAAUGGUCAUUGUACCCUUGUACGAUACAUUGGGAGCUAAUGCAUGUGCCUUCAUUGUGAACCAAACUGAAAUGGCAGUGGUCAUAUGCGAAGACGAUAAGAAGGCUAAUCUUUUAUUAGACCAAUCCCCUCGUUGCUUAAGAAAAUUGAUAACUAUUAAAGAAGUGUCACCUUCAACGCACCAGCGGGCGAAGAGUCGUGGUGUUGAAGUAGUAAAAUUCAGCGAUGUUGAAAUACAAGGGGCACAAAAGGACCACCCAUGUGUUCCACCAAAACCAGACAGUCUAUGCACAAUCUGCUAUACGUCUGGCACAACCGGUAUGCCUAAAGGCGUGAUGUUGACGCACGAGAACGUGGUGGCAUCGAUGUGCAGCGUGAUAAUGCAGCUGGGCGAACAUAGGCCGGCUAAAACUGACGUCAUGAUAUCCUUCCUACCAUUGGCUCAUAUGCUGGAGCGGUGCUGUGAGAACGCUCUCUAUAUGAUGGGAGGAGCAGUCGGCUUUUAUAGUGGUGAUAUUCGACGUUUAGCUGAUGACUUAAGCGCACUCAAACCAACAAUGAUGCCUGCAGUCCCUAGGCUGUUGAACAGGCUAUAUGAUAAAGCGCAGUCGGAAAUAUCCAACUCGAAAAUAAAGAAGUUGUUAUUCAACAUGGCUUUGUCGGCUAAAGAGUCUGAAUUGAAAAGAGGCAUCAUCCGCGGGGACUCUAUAUGGGACAAGCUAGUGUUCCGCAAAGUUCGCGAAGGGAUGGGUGGGCGGCUACGUAUCGUAGUUGUGGGUUCCGCGCCGCUGGCCGGCAACGUUCUUACCUUUGCACGCUGCGCUCUCGGAUGUUUGAUCGUGGAAGGCUACGGACAGACGGAAUGCACUGCGCCGGUGACUCUGACCGUUCAGGGUGAUCACGUACCUGAACAUGUCGGGCCUCCCGUCGCUUGUUGUAAAGUGAAAUUAGUGGACGUGCCCGAGAUGGAGUAUUACGCGGCGCAGGGGCAAGGAGAAGUGUGCGUACAAGGCGCCAAUGUAUUCAAGGGAUACUUCAAAGAACCAGAUAAGACCCGCGAGGUUAUAGACCAGGACGGCUGGCAUCAUACAGGAGAUGUUGGCAAGUGGCUACCGAACGGCACACUGAAGAUCAUCGAUAGAAGAAAACACAUCUUCAAAUUGUCACAAGGCGAAUAUAUAGUUCCUGAGAAAAUUGAAAAUAUUUACAUAAGAAGUCAAUAUGUUGAACAAGUCUUCGUACACGGAGAAUCGUUAAAGUCAUGCGUAGUAGCCGUUGUGGUGCCAGAUGUGGACGUAGUAAAAUGCUGGGCACUGGAGAACGGCAUCAAGGGGACAUUCUCGUCUUUAUGUGAAGACGAACGCGUCAAGAAGGUAAUCAUGGAAGAUAUGCUGCAGUGGGGCAAGACUGCCGGCCUGAAGACUUUCGAACAGGUCAAAGAUGUUUAUCUACACCCCGAUCCGUUUUCGGUACAAAACGGUCUACUAACACCCACCAUGAAGGCAAAACGACCAGAAAUCAGAAGCUAUUUCAAACCACAAAUAGAGGAUAUGUACAAACACCUUGAAUAACAUUAGCUGUCUUAUCACGUAGCUAUAGAGUAACGAUUUGCGUAUUUAUUUGCGUGUAUUUUAUGCUCUGUACACUUAACAAGUUUUUAUCAUAACAAAGAUGACAAUACAUCUGUGAAUGAGCAUAUUUAAGUUAAUACAAGUGAGUAUUAUUUGUUUUAAACACAUAGCAGACUAAAUUGAAAUGUGAAAUAUUAAUAUUGAGUUCUAUAAUUUUAUUUGAAUACAAUAACUUAAUGUUAGUGCAUCUAUAAAAUCUUGAUACUUGAUUAUACGACACUGCCUUCUCUAAUUAUUAUUCGUUUUUUUAAACCACGCUUAUUGAUAUUUUUUUUUCUUAAUAUGCUUAGUAAUGUACCUAACUAUAAAAGUUUUUUAGGCAACAAGUUCCUUUAAAAAUAACUGAUUUUCGAUUAUGCUUACUUCGAUGAAAAAUACUCGGAAUAUUAAAUAUUUGUACAGUAUCUACUAAUGUGACUGAUGCAUGAUUGGAUGAUUAAUUUAAUAUGUCUAUUCUUCUAAAAUUAGGUUUAUAUUAUUUUGAGUGAAUCAUAAAUAGUUAAUUUCACCGUUUUUUCACUUAGCACAGAAUCUUUUUAGCAGUUCUCGUACAGUGCGAAGUAUUUCUAUGAAUUGUGACAUUCGAACAAUAGAGAGAUCAACAAAGUUAGAAGUUACACAUAGCAUGUUAGUAUAGAGAACAUAUCGAGUAACGUCUUCAUAUAAAAGUUCCAGGUGGUAUAAAAUUGAUUUGCUAAACGCUAUAUUUAUUUAACAAUAUUAUAGGCUUAGAAGAUCAACCACCUGUAUAAAAAAGUUUCAUUUCAUUUCAAUGAACUUAUGAAUUUUCUAUUGUUUUAAUAUAAGUUUUUGUUAUUGUACUGCAGAGUGCUACAGCAAAAUAUUGACAUGAGGAAAUUUUAAAAACCUGUAUAAAUUAAUGAUUUAGUAGAUUUUGUAAAUUAUUAAUCCUAAUAUUGUAAAUAGGCUAUAUAUUAUGAAAAUGAAAAUUUUGAAAUCGCAAUAAGACAAACACAGUGUCUCUUGCUCGGUCAAUUAAAAUAAUUUACUAGUUAAUAUGUUUACAUUAGGAAGUCUCGAACUAAAAGAAACAGAGGAUACUGAUGACAUUUUUUCAUUUACGCGAGUGAAAAUAAUAUUGCACUAACGGAGCGGCCACUUCAUUUUUUAAUUAUACUUAUACACUCAAAACUUGUCUAUUAAACACAUUUUUGAAUGAUUAGAUCACAAUUUGCACUUUACCAUAGUUAUUUAUACAUCUUAACCUUAUUUACGCUGAUAGAGAACAAUAAAGUAUAUUUGUUUUAGAAUGUCAAAUAUUUAAAUCAAAUUUUAUAGCUAAAGAUAAAUCCCGCAGAGUACCAAUAUCAUUAAUUUUAUAUCAAAUUUUGUGAGAUUUUGGUAUGAAAUACUUAAAAACAACACUAACAUCAAUAUUAAUAUGAAAAUUAUUCAUUAUCUGUAUAAAUUCAAAUUUACUCCGAUCCGUAGAAAAAAAAAACAAUAGCACUAUUAUAGUACUCGUCGUUUAUAUAAGGUCCUUUAAAAAAGAAAUUAAAACUAAGAUCUUUCUCAAUUGAACUAGAUUUAUUUUUAUUUUGAGUAUAAAUAAUGUUUUUUAUGAAGAAUUUAAUGGUUAUUAAGUAGGACCUUUAUAAGUGCAAUUGAGUCUGCCGAUUACUAUAGUAUACUCUAUACUCGAGUGAUUUGGGUACAAAAUAUGUAUGUGUACCCUAGUAUAAGUAGGAGAAAUAUUUUUAUGCCGUGCCUUCUACCUUUUAGUGUUUUGUAAUUCUAAUAACGGUAGAAUACAGUACCUACACAAUGUUUGACAACAUUUUUUUUUAUAUUUAAGACGCAAGUAUCAAACUGUUUUUGUUUAAGUAGAGUUAUAUUUAUUUACUUUAACAGUUUUUUUUAUAUGUAUAAUUUUUGUGUGAGUAAUUGCGUUGCUUUAAGGCAGAGGUUUGUAAUUUAGGAAUGUCUUGGCCUUAGAUUGGUCUUAGCAUUUUGCGAUAUUAUGGCCUCAGCUACUAUGACAAAUAAGGGCGAAUCUCUUUGAAUUGUUGUGAAUGCGAAAAAGCAUAAAAUUAAUUUAAAAUAAUGUAAUCUUAGGUCAAACUUAUCGCACCGUGUAUAGAAUAAUAUUUUUUGUAUUCUGUAUGCAAUAAUAAUAGGUCGAUGAUUAUGCUUUGAGCGAAAGUUGAGGUUUCGAGUUGUUCAAACCAAAAUUUUGUUGUUAUUGGUGCAAGUUGUAUGAUAAUUUAUUUUU